AUGAGUGGGUCAAAGAGAAAAAAUGAAAAGGUAGACAUUGGUAUGGAUGUGGAAGAUAUGGAAGAUGAUGGUAACAAAAAGAAGGUAGCCAAUGAACCACAUUCAAAGAAAUAUCCCAAGAGAAAGAAGGGAAAAAUAGAACAUGAGAAUGUGAAUAUCAAAAAUAUGGAGGAUAAGGUUAGAAAACUAAGUAAGGAGCAUCCAGAAGGUUUAAGAAGACUUGCAACUAGGAUGACUCCUGGAAUGUUGUUGUAUGUGUAUAACACGAAGUUCUCAGGCGUCAAGAUAAUGAAAAGGUUACCGUUUGUUAAACAUGUUACGAGUGAUGUUCUUGGAAAAAUUGAGAAGUUGGAGAUUUGUGUUGGAGGGUUUGGAAGGAAACUACAGGAAAACUUUAAAAAUGUUGAUGUUGAUGAUGAAAUGAUGGAUGAAGCUAAAUUGUUGGAUGUACUUAAGAAAGACUAUUGGGAUGAGGAUGUAAGACAUAAAGUUUAA